UGUAAGUAGGGCAAGCCGCUUCCUGGUUCUCAGAAAGGAGGAGCUGGGAGUUGGAGUGGGCCAGCGGAGGCAGCAGACAGGGGGGUCAGAGCAGCCCUGAGAGCCGGCGGUCUGCAGAGAGAGAAGCGGAGAGGACCAACAAGAAAAAAAAAACGCCAACGCACGGUUUGGCGAACAUUAAAACCGCCCGGGUGUCGAGCUGAGGACGGCAGGAGCGGGGGAGACGAACAGACAAGAUCUGAGAGGAUAAAAAAAGAAGAGAAAGAAGUAGAAGAAGUAGGCAGGGUGGGACGCAAUAAUCCAGGAAGUGUGGAGGCCGGUCAGGUGGGAGGCGACGAGUCAGGACAGGUGCCACACCGGCACUCAGGUGUAUGACCUCUGCUGACCACUGAGCAAAGAAUCAAAGAGGAGAGGGAGUGAGCGAGAGAGAGAGACAGAAGCAGGCACCCAUCUUCUCUUGGGUUUAUGGACUGGAGGUGGCAAUGUCUCCAGGAGAGGACGGUCUGAUUGGGAUCCCCUUCCCGGAGCACAGCAAUGAGCUCUUGUCCCGCCUCAAUGACCAGAGGAGGACGGGGCUCCUGUGUGACCUCACCCUGACCUCCCGUGGGGCACGCUACCCCACUCACCGCUCUGUCAUGGCUGCUGUCAGCCUAUACUUCCGCCGGCUGUUUGGGGCAGAGGAAGGGGGUGGCGAGGGCGGAGGAGGUUUCAGCGUUUGCCAGCUGGACUGCGUGGCACCCGAUGCCCUGUAUGCCCUGCUGGAGUUUGCCUACACUGCCACCCUGACCAUCCCGAGCUCCGGGAUGAGAGAUGUGUUGCGAGGGGCUCAGCUUCUGGGCAUCCAGUGUGUGGCUGACGCCUGCAGAGACAUACUGGGGGAGACGGCAGAGGCAGAGGGGGAGACAGCAGAGGAGCCGAGAAACCAGCACACAGCUACCAAGAGGAUGGGGGAAGAAGAGAGUGUAGAGAAAGGGUCCCGAAGAAAAUCAGACAAAAAGAAGGUGAAAAAAAUUGGGUUGCAUCACAACAACUCCUUGGUUUUGAACCCAUUGCCUGCUUCUCCUGCCUCGCAUCCUUCACCUGCAUCCGACAGCCUCCGCUCGCUGCCAUCUACCCAGCCGCCCAGCCCCGAACAGGAGGAGCUUCACCUUGAAUCUGGACAGAACGGAGAUCCCAGGUCAAUCAGAGAGCCAGGGAGGGGUGCUGCGCUAAAUGGAGGGCUCUUUCACUGGCAGCAUGAGCGCCCGCGUUUAGCCCACCCACCUCCUGUGGUACCCUCCAAUGACAAGCUGUCAGAGGAUGAUGACAUGGAGGGUUUUGGUGAUGAUGGUAUGCUGAUGGGAAGCACCUCCAUACCUACCUCUGUAGCUGAGCGAGGAGCUGCAAUGUCAGCUGUGAGAGGGGGGAGGAAGAGGAAGUCUCAGACACCCCAGCAGUGCCCUGUCUGUCAGAAGAUCAUCCAUGGAGCGGGAAAACUGCCGCGACACAUGAGGACACACACUGGAGAAAAGCCUUUCCAGUGCUCAGCCUGUGGGGUCCGUUUCACCCGGAAUGAUAAGUUAAAGAUCCACAUGAGGAAACACACAGGCGAGCGCCCCUACCCAUGCCCUGACUGCCCUGCCAGGUUCCUCCACUCAUACGACCUCAAAAACCACCUGUCCCUCCACAGCGGGGCACGACCCUUUGAGUGCCCGCUCUGCCACAAGGCCUUCGCCAGAGAGGACCACCUCCAGCGUCACCGCAAGGGACACAGCUGCCUGGAGCUGCGCACACGCCGGCCCAGGCGUGGUCCUGAGCUUGUGGAAGAUGGGAGAGGGGAUGGAGGCAGGAGGGCGCAGUCCAGCACUCUGGAGGCUUUGUCCUCACAGGCCCACGCUUCGGCGUUUCUCCCCCACACAAUGCUGGAUGGUGGGAGUGGAUCAGGCGCUGGCCCUCCACUGAUGUUUGCAGGCGAUGUUGAGAGGGGGCGCUCUCUCGCCCUUCAGGCUCUGGCUCAACUCGGGCCUCACGGGCUGGCCGGCUAUCCUGAGCUCUUCCUGCGAGGGGUGGAGCUGCGAGGUGGCAGAGAGACGGAGGGAGAAGAUCCAGGAGGAACACGCUCGCCGGCUACACAGCGUGACCGAUGGGCAGAAGUGGAAAAGGAAAAUGGAGAUGAGGAAGCAGAGGAAGAGGAAUAGUUAAAAGAGAGAGAGGGAGAGUGCGUGUGUCUGUGUGUGUGUAUGUGUCUGUGUGGUAAAGCAUCCACAGUAAAAAAAAAUCUCACUCAGGUGGCUGGACUAAUGACCUGCUGCUCCCAUGUAGAGAGCGCUUAAAAAAAUAAAAACUAAAUGAUAUUAAAAGAAAAAAAAAUGGAAAACGGGUUUUCAGAGAUAUUUUAAAUGUUUGUCUUCUGGCUCUUGGCGAUUGAUUUCAUUUGUCUUUUAAAUUUUAUUUCUCGUUUGCUGUUUAAAUUGAUGUAUUUUAGGUUUGAGCUGUUUCUUUAUGAUUUGAUUUGAUUUUUCUAGCUUGACAUGUGUGUGUUGAGUGUGUGGUUACUGGGAUGCUUUUCACUAUGCAAACUAAAAUCCAGAACUGCAACAUGGAGGGAUAUUUGAAGAUGUAUAUUUUAGUUACAAGAUAAUGUAUUGAUUCAGGUGCAAUUCAGAAGUCAUAUCAUGUAGAUCACAAGAAUGGGUUUGUGUGCUCGCUGUCCUCUGGUGGUUAUCAGUGGAAAUGCAGUCUAGUUAAUCAAACUUGUUCUGUGCAUUGUAAGCAAUAAUGUUCUUUCUAUCUUUUCUUCUUAGUGGUAGAAUGUUUGCUUUGAUUCGGUGCUUGAACCAAAGAUUUUAGUUUAACUUUUUUUUUCUUAAAUCUUAAGUUAACAGGAGUGGAGAGAAGUGAAUUGUGGCCAAUGUUGGGUUUGAAGAGAAAAUCCUUCCCAACUGUUUUGCUCGCCAUGAGAAAGAAUCUGCUUCCAUAUUUGAGUGUUUCAGAGCUGUCGAGCUCUGUGUUAAAUGCCUGACCAAAAGAGACAAAGUUUGGAUCAAUGAGUUGAUGCUGAUUAAUGUUGAAGACAAUUCUUCUUUUCCCAAAGGCUGUGGAUUUCAGUCUUCCAAUGCACUCGUUUCGGUUCCUUGUUUAAAAAAAAAAACAAAAAAAAAGAAGAGGGGCAAGGUGAAGGUGUGAGUGAGAUAGCUUGCCCCUUUUUUUCUGUAUUUAUUUAUUUAUUGUUAUUUAUUAUGGCUCUUCUGCUGAAACUCUUGUGAGACCAGAUUCAGGGUUGGACACAAAUUGUGGUCCAUUUCUCAUCUAAGUCUUACAAGAAGCUGCAUUGCGCUAAAGAUUUUGGCUCAACAUCUCCAUAUACCCAAACGCCUUUUUACAGGCUGCGUGUCUUCUUUUGGCGAUUCUUCCUCAAAUGCAUUCUUUGCACAUGUAACCCCGUCAGGUACUGCAAUAACACAGGCACAUUCCAUCCUCCGGGGUAGAGAGAAGGGAACUGAGCAAAGAAGAAGCCAGGGGGGUUUUAAACCUUCGAUGCAACUGGAACACAAAAUAACUUUGCUGUUUGACAUUUUCAGCAGGCUUUUCUGUUGUUAAAUCAACAUGUAUAGUACUGUAACACGUUAUCGCAUGGCAGUUCUUAUAGAUCGGCCACCGCUGUGUCUAAAGGGGCCAUUAUCUUUUUGAGUUUGUCUAUCUUCGACCAAAAAUCUUUUUAGUUGCAUUUUGUUUCUCUGGACCAGUACAUUAAGACCUAUUGUGGGGUCUAAUGCAAUCAUUAAUGGCUUUAAAUGACAAGCAGUUGUCUUUUUAUUUCCAAAUCUCUUGAAAUCCAUGUAGUCAGAACCUGCUGUAGCAGUCGUGCUGGUCUGGCCUUGUGUGCACUGUCUGCUCCUUGUUGUGUAGUAAAUCCUUUUUUAUUUCCAAUUUAUUUGCACUAUGAGAUUUGAGAGCUUCAAGCCUUUUUGUCUGACCUUCAAUAUCUAGUCCAUUAACUCACUCAGUACCAUUUAAAAUUGUGAUAGAAUUAGACCGUACUUCUUUAAAACCCACAUACAUUGAAUACUCUUCCUCCUGCAUAUUGGUACAUAAUUAUUGUCAAAUGUAAUAUAUAUAUAUAUAUAUAUUGGGAGUUGCCUUUGGUUUUUUUUGUGCUGCAACUACUCUCAGGAAAUCUUGAGCAAUGCACUAAGUGAUUAUACAAAACAUAAAAUGAGAAGAAAUUGUUUGGUGCUGCAGGGCGAUUAACACUCUUCAUGUACGUGUAAGACCAGUAGUUUCAAAAUAAGAGAUUUUGUAAAUUUUGUAUUAUAUCAUUUAACAUAAACCCCCCAAAUGAUUCAAACCUAUUGUGUAGAAAAAAUAGACCAUAAUCAAACUACUGGCCUUACAGGAACCAGUCCUACUGGAAUGGCAGUGUGACAGUUGGUCCUGUUCAUGAUGGGUGUUGGUGCUCCCAGUCAGAGCUUUGUGAAUGAAUGAGGGUUAUCUGAUGCCAGCUGUGAAGUGUGUGUUUCUAUGUGAGCUGUUUGUCUUCUUGGCUUCGGUGAAGGGACAUGGGGUCUGGUAUGAGUGGAGGCCCCGCUAUCAGGGAUACAUUUUUGUCUUUCAGUUUUUAGUGCAACCUUCUCAGAGAUAUGAAUUCAUUUCCCAUCAUUUGUUUCAGUUAAUGUAAAGAAAAGAAAUAAAGAUAUCUAAGCUUGC